AUGAGUCGCUUAAUAAAGGAGAUGCUACCACGGGACGUGAGGGUUUCCAAGGACACGCAAGACCUCCUCAUGGACUGCUGCCUCGGUGGGUUGCGUUCACUCGGUGGGUUGAGCUGCCUCAUGGACUCAUGUCUCAUGGACUCAUGCCUCAUGGACUCAUGCCUCAUGGACUCAUGCCUCAUGGACUCAUGCCUCAUGGACUCAUGCCUCAUGGACUCAUGCCUCAUGGACUCAUGCCUCAUGGACUCAUGCCUCAUGGACUCAUGCCUCAUGGACUCAUGCCUCAUGGACUCAUGCCUCAUGGACUCAUGCCUCAUGGACUCAUGCCUCAUGGACUCAUGCCUCAUGGACUCAUGCCUCAUGGACUCAUGCCUCAUGGACUCAUGCCUCAUGGACUCAUGCCUCAUGGACUCAUGCCUCAUGGACUCAUGCCUCAUGGACUCAUGCCUCAUGGACUCAUGCUUCAUGGACUCAUGCCUCAUGGACUCAUGCCUCAUGGACUCAUGCCUCAUGGACUCAUGCCUCAUGGACUCAUGCCUCAUGGACUCAUGCCUCAUGGACUCAUGCCUCAUGGACUCAUGCUUCAUGGACUCAUGCCUCAUGGACUCAUGCCUCAUGGACUCAUGCCUCAUGGACUCAUGCCUCAUGGACUCAUGCCUCAUGGACUCAUGCCUCAUGGACUCAUGCCUCAUGGACUCAUGCCUCAUGGACUCAUGCAUCAUGGACUCAUGCCUCAUGGACUCAUGCCUCAUGGACUCAUGCCUCAUGGACUCAUGCCUCAUGGACUCAUGCCUCAUGGACUCAUGCCUCAUGGACUCAUGCCUCAUGGACUCAUGCCUCAUGGACUCAUGCCUCAUGGACUCAUGCCUCAUGGACUCAUGCUUCAUGGACUCAUGCCUCAUGGACUCAUGCCUCAUGGACUCAUGCCUCAUGGACUCAUGCCUCAUGGACUCAUGCCUCAUGGACUCAUGCCUCAUGGACUCAUGCCUCAUGGACUCAUGCCUCAUGGACUCAUGCCUCAUGGACUCAUGCUUCAUGGACUCAUGCCUCAUGGACUCAUGCCUCAUGGACUCAUGCCUCAUGGACUCAUGCCUCAUGGACUCAUGCCUCAUGGACUCAUGCCUCAUGGACUCAUGCCUCAUGGACUCAUGCCUCAUGGACUCAUGCCUCAUGGACUCAUGCCUCAUGGACUCAUGCUUCAUGGACUCAUGCCUCAUGGACUCAUGCCUCAUGGACUCAUGCCUCAUGGACUCAUGCCUCAUGGACUCAUGCCUCAUGGACUCAUGCCUCAUGGACUCAUGCCUCAUGGACUCAUGCCUCAUGGACUCAUGCCUCAUGGACUCAUGCUUCAUGGACUCAUGCCUCAUGGACUCAUGCCUCAUGGACUCAUGCCUCAUGGACUCAUGCCUCAUGGACUCAUGCCUCAUGGACUCAUGCCUCAUGGACUCAUGCUUCAUGUUGCCUCGCCACUUGCCGGGGUGGGUUGAGAGUGCUUGUAUGAACGCAGUGCGGCAAGUCUUCUCUCUUCUCAUCCACUCCACUCUCUUGCGUCAUGGACUGCUCGCGUGCUUGCACCGCCACCACCAUGCUUCGCCCCGCCCUCUCCCAGAGUUCAUCAAUCUGAUAUCAUCGGAGGCCAACGAGAUCUGCAGCAAGGAGGACAAGCGCACUAUCGCCCCCGAGCACGUGCUGCAGGCGCUCGAGUCGCUAGGAUUCAGCAGCUAUCUGGCGGAGGUGCAGGCAGCAUACGACCAGCACAAGUCCGAAACACUGGAGUCACCGCGGGCGCUGGGGCGAUCGAGCAGCAGCAAGGCAUCGGGGGCGGCGGGGAUGAGUGAGGAGGAGGCGAUAGCGGAGCAGCAGAAGAUGUUUGCCGAGGCACGCGCUGCCAUGCUCAACCUGCAACGCCCCUCCUCCUGA